GCUCCUCCUCCUCCUCCUCCUCCUCCUCCUCCUCCUCCCUCUCCCCCGCCGCCGGCAUGCCGAAGCUGAGCAAGGAGGCCAAGCAGCGGCUGCAGCAGCUCUUCAAGGGCGGCCAGUUCGCCAUCCGCUGGGGCUUCAUCCCCGUCGUGCUCUACCUAGGUUUUAAGAGGGGUGCAGAUCCUGGAAUGCCCGAGCCGACAAUCUGGAGUCUGCUUUGGGGAUGAAAGAUGUGGCUGUCCUGCUCUAGAACCAGACGAUGGACAGAGAAAGGGUCUGAAGAUGUGUAUGUUCCAGAGGAUGAGGCGGACACUUACACCAGCUGGCUCAGUCAGCUUGCUAAAGACAUAGGUUGUACAUACAACAAAAUGGAGUUUAUAUGGACCUAACUUAUUUGCAUCACAGUGUAAUUAAAUAAAUACAUUUGAAUG